UCUUGCUAAUCUUCGUUCUAAUUUUCCUGAUUUUUAUAGACUUGUCGCACGUUGAUGCACGCCGCGUUCAUUCCAGGAAUCAUUUUUGGCGCUAUAUUGCUAAUCGGAGUUACCGGUUUAUUAAUAUGGAAGUCUUGGGUUUCAGUACAAGAUCGUAGAGAAUAUGUAAAAUUUGAGCAGGACCGGCAAAGAACCGUCUACGCUUUAGACGAGAAUCCGCUUUUUCGUCCAGCUACUACUCAAUUUAGAGUACCUUCUAUGUACAAGGACGAUUGAAACUAAUUAAAAACUUUUAUAUAAAAGCAAACAUGUGCAAUUAUUAAUCGUAUGUAUUUCGCUGUAAAUACAACAAUCAUGUUUAGAAUUUAUAUAAAUAUAUGUCUACAAUAAAUCAUAAAUUAAUUUUUAAUUAACAUUUUACGUAUUUGUGCAAUUAUAAUUGUGAUUCAUAUUAAUUUUAUCAAUGUCGAACAGAAGGAAAGUUUUCUUUCGCAGAUUCUUCAUGUAUUUCAUUCCAGAAUUGAUUAACAGUUGUAAACAUAACAUGCUGUAUGUAAAUGAUAAGAAUGCUUUUAAUAAAAUUGCAAAUCUAUGUAAGCUA